AUGCCAGGAUUUCCAAGUGGAGAUAAAAUCUCUGACACCAACUACCCGCUGAAUAUCGUUUUCAUCUUGAUUAAUGAGUUCUGUGAGCGUUUCUCUACUGGCGGUACAACAGCUGUGAUCACCUUGUACAUGGUCUACUUCCUCCAAUGGAAUGAAAACACCUCUACUGCCACUUACCAUCUCUUUAAUGGCCUAAACUUUUUAGUCAGCAUCACAGGAGCUAUUGUUGCUGACUCUUGGUUGGGAAGUUACAACACAAUUGUGACCGGCCACAUUUUGUGUAUGAUGGGUCACAUGAUCCUAAUACUCAGUUCAGUGCCCAUAAAGGGAGGACAGUUGAUUCAUCUGAUCCUCUUUAUGUCAGGAUUCUCCCUGAUUGCCCUAGGAUCAGGACUCAUUAAACCCUGUGUUGUGGCCUUUAUUGGAGACCAGUUUGAAGAAGAGCAUACAGAAGAAAGGAGAAAGUUAUUCUCAAUUAUGUAUCUCAUAGUCAACCUGGCAUUCUUGAUUUCAACAAUUUUCAUGCCCCUGCUCAGAGCUGACAUCAGCUGCUUUGGAGGAGAUUGUUACAUGCUUGUCUUUGGGGUCUCUGGAUUAUUUCAACUGUCUGCAGUGGUUGUGUUCUCAUUUGGAAGUGAGAUGUACAAAAUAAUUCCUCCAGAAGGAGACAUCAUACUUAAAGUCUGCAAAUGCAUGUGGUUUGCUAUUUCAAACCGUCUGAAGAACCGCUCCAGUGAUAUUCCAAAGAGAGAGCAUUGGCUGGACUGGGCAGCUGAAGAGUAUCCAAAGCAACUCAUCUUAGAGGUGAAAGCACUGACUCGUGUGCUGUUCCUGUACAUCCCAUUGCCAAUGUUCUGGGCUCUUUUCCAUCAACAAGGCUCUCGGUGGACUCUGCAAGCGACCAGGUUGAAUGGCAAUAUGGGAUUUUUUGUAAUCAAGCCUGAUCAAGUUCAGUUGUUGAAUCCCUUCUUGAUUCUCAUCCUUAUCCCAACAUUUGAUUUGAUCAUCUACCCACUAAUCAAGAUGUGUAGAAUCAACUUAAAACCCAUUACUAAGAUGGUCAUUGGAAUGAUACUAACAGCCUUGGCAUUUGUUGCUGCAGCCAUUCUACAGUUUAAUGUGGAUAAAAUGGCUCCAGCCAAGCCAGCUGACAGAGAGAGCUUCCUACAGAUCGUAAAUCUGGCCAAAUCAGAUGUGAAGAUGGUAAUGCAGAGCAAUCAGGGUGAUACCUUGUUAGCAAAACCCAUGAGGGCCUUUCAGCAAUCACCAAAAUAUUUCAAACUCCUUCUGAACACUGAGAGCCAGCAUUUCCAGUUUCAGCUACAGUCCAGGAGCUCAUCUGUCAGAAAUGAGCAUGUGGUGGAGGAGAAGAGCCGAUACAGCCUGGUCAUUCAUGGAGAUGGAAACAGAGUCUCCAGCACCCUGAUGAAAGACAUGGGAACCAAACCAAUCAAUGGAAUGGCAGCUGUGAGAUUUUUUAACACUUUGGACAAGGAAGUGAAUAUCUCCCUGGGCAAAGACAACAUUGUCACUGUUGGUGAAAACUAUAGUGUCUCUUCUUACAGGACUUUGGAAAGGGGAGAAUACCAUUCUGUGCCAUGCAGGACAGAUGAUGAGGAAUUCUUCCUAGACCUGGGCCUGCUUGACUUUGGUGCAGCAUACACAGUCUUCAUUGUUAAGAAGUCUGGAAAAGGCCCCUGGGCCUGGAAAACCAAGAAUAUUCCAGCCAACAAGGUGUCUAUCUUAUGGCAGAUGCCACAGUAUGUGCUUAUCACAGCUGGGGAGGUCAUGGUCUCUGUCACUAGCUUUGAAUUCACUUAUACUGAGGCUCCUUCCAGUAUGAAGUCAGUGCUACAGGCAGCUCGGCUGCUGACAGUCUCCAUAGGAAACUUUAUUGUGAUCAUUGUGGCAAAGUCUGUAUUUCUGAUACAGUGGAUUGAAUUCAUCUUCUUUUCUGGCCUCCUGUUUGUCGUCUGCUUCAUCUUCUCCAUUAUGGGCCACUAUUACAUUCCCACAAAUCAGGGAAAGACGAAAAACCAGAAGGAAUGUCCUGAAGUAGAAUCUGGGGAUCUCCUUAUGACCCAGCAGUUCUAA